AUGGGACCUUUGUGUGCCCCGGCCUGGACAUAUUACCCCUGUCCAGGCUUUGAGACACUCCACUAUCUGAUUACAAGGACACAACUGGCACUUCACAGCCACAGCCGCCCCACUGUCAAGGACAUCAGGAAGCAGGAGGAGCUGGUGUACAGUGUGAGAAAACGCUUGGAGGAGGCACUUAUGGCCGACAUGCUGCCCCAUGUGGAGGAGGCCGCCAACAGAGGAGAGACGCAGAAGGAGGAGGGAAACACCAGCGAGGGCAGCGAGAAUGUAUAG